GGGGAGCCGCAAAGCCCAAGCAGGAGCAGCAUCAGCAUCAACAAUCACCAAGAUGACCACGAAGGGCAUGGCUGUGGCCUUGGCUGUGAUACUCUGCACCGCAGUUGUUCAAGGUGUCCUUAUGUUCAAAGGGGGGCGCUGCCUUUGCAGAGGCCCUGGAAUGAAAGCAGUGAGAAGAGCUAACAUUGAGAAAGCCUCCGUAAUUUACCCAAGUAACAGUUGUGACAGAGUUGAAGUGAUCAUUACCCUGAAAGAGCAUAGAGGACAAAGAUGCCUGGAUCCCAGCUCAAAGCAAGGACGCCUCAUAAGACAGUACCACGAAAAAAAGAAUUUUUUAAAACACUGGAACAUAUGAAGUCCCGGACAAGAGGGUUUGGAAACCUGGAA